UGACUUGUCCUCAAUGUUCCCCUAACGGGGAAGUUCCUUCACUGACUGCGCAGGCGCAAACUUCUGUGUGUACUGUAUACAAUGGUGAAUAAUACCGUACGGUGAUGGUAGAGCUCGCCGCUCAGUCCUGAGGUUUCCUCGCUGUGAAUGGCGGCUCUGGCUCGGAAGCUGUGUGAAGCGGUGGAGAAUGAAGACGCCAAGGAAGUUGAAAAUCUUCUCAACUGUGGUGCUGAUCCAAACUUCGUCCUACCAGAUGGAAUUGCAGCCAUUCACCUAGCUUCAGGGAAAGAAAGUGAGAGCGCCCUCAGAUGUCUGACAAUGAUUUUGCAGAAGGGUGGAGAUCCCAAUGUCAGAUCAAUAGAGGAACUUACUCCAGUACAUGUAGCUGCAUCCUGGGGUUGUUGUAAGGCACUGAUAUUCUUGCUUCGAAAAGGCGGUGACUCCAAUAUUCAAGACCAGGAUGGGAAUACAGCACUUGAUUUAGCUCUGAUGGAAAGGAACAGGAGAUGUGUUGUUGCGCUUCAGGAAUAUAAUGAAAGAAAUGAAGAGAUCUGUCCUAACCGAAUAAAUGAUUAUUACAAGAAUAAUUUUUGUGAAUCUGAUGAAAUCCCAGAGAUGAGUAGUAUUUCCCUCCUCCUUGAAUCAGCCUAUGAAGUGGGCCCAUGUAGCAGCACCAAAAUUUCUCCUUUCAUAUCUGCCCCCAAAACUGGAAGCACAGAAAAGGGUGCAGAUGAUGCUCUAUUAUCACGUCAUUUAGAACUGCUAGGCAUUGAUUCAAAGGGUAGAUCAGAAAAACAUGAACAUAAAUUUGCUGCUAUGGAAAAUUCAGAUUUGCAGCUGAAUGACAAAAUAACCAGCAGUACCAGUGAGGCAAAUAAUUCUGAAUCCAAAUGUGCUAUUUUGACCAUACAAAAUUGGCAAGGCACGAAAGACUGUUUUAAUCACUUACAUCCAGAUAUCGCUGUUAAAAAUGAUUUUUCAAAAGUUGCUGAUUCCAAGAAGGUAAAUUCUGGAGAAAGUUAUAACUCUGGAAACCAAGCAGAAGAAAUACUAAUUCAAAGUUUAAACUCCAGCUCUCGGGAACAUUUGGGAUUUAAUAGCAUUGGGAAGACAUAUGGCAAUUCACUGUUGAACCAUUCAAGAAAGUUUGCAGAAUCACAGUUUAUAUUGGAAGGAUUAGAUGUGACUUCUCCAGAUCAUGUUUACACUUACAGCAGAAGCCAUAGUGAAAGUGACAUGGAAGAGACUAUGGUGUUACCAAAAAGUGAUGAAGUGACUGAAGAUGAAGGCUUAGUAAGCCAGGACAUUAGUUCAAGCAGCAAAUAUACCAGCUGUUUUAGUGAUGGUUUCUCAACUAUUAUGAAGCAUUCUGCCAUUAGUGAAAAAGGUUUGCAUUCUGAUGUCAAUUGCAAGUCAUUGCUGGAUUCAAACCGCAAUCAGUUGAAUGUAGAGGAUUUAAUGCCAGUGCAAGAAAGGGAAGAAGACACGGAUAAUGAAGACUUAAGUAUUUGUGGCCAAACAUUUACUUGCAGAUCUCUUGUUUUACCAAGUCAAAACAUGAUGUCGGAUGGUGAUGAAAGCAGAACAGCCAGAACUAAAGAGCUACUGUGCACUUCACAAUCUCCCACUUUACCUGUAGGUGACGCUAAUGCCUAUGAACGUUGCAGCCAGGAUUUAAGAACUAGGUUACAGGAUUUAUUACUUUCCGCUAAGGGCUGUGGAUUAGACUUGAAACAACAUGGUAUCCAGUCUUCACCUAGUUGUUUAAGGCACACAGGUGAAUCCUCUUGUUCCAACACUGGUCCUUUUAUUGGUGAAACAAAUCCACCUAUUGGCCAGAACUUGAAAGAGAAAAGUUCAACAUGCUUGAAUAUAUCCGCAGACACAUUGCUAGUAGAAGCAGCUGAUUCUGAAAUUAAAGGAGAAUUAGAUUCUGAAAUAUGUGAUUUGAAGGAACUUUUAUUGGCAACUAAGGUUAUUCAUCCGAUAUCCCCCAUCCUGAGUGAGGAACAAAGUCCACGCUUCUUUACUGAGCGUACAAGAAGCAGACUUCUGUCUUCCAAAUCUCGCCACAUAAAUUCCUCUCUUUUUGAUGAGCCUUUGGAAAUGCCUCAAAGAGGCAGGAGACUAAAGAGCCCAGACAGAAUGACAGGGUCCCUGGUGCCAUCAUUUAAAGUUAAAAAGAGCGUCAGCCACACCGACUCAUGUCAGCAUGAACCCACUUUAGAGACUUGUGUAGCACAGAAUAAUGGCUGCUUGGUUCAAACGCCUAAACAUUCCGGGGGCAAUGCUUCUGACUCUGAAACAACUGUCAGCAUCAGCAAUUUUCUCACAGAUGACCUGUCUUCAGAAACAGAAGUAAAGUCUACUCUGCAAGUAAAGAAAACCUCUACUGGCCCUUAUAUUGAAAGCAGGAUAUCUGAAAGUAUGUGGCUUACAGAAGAUGCAAGCACUGAAAGCAGUGGGGAAGCUUGCCAUAAAUUGACAGAGUUGGGCUCAUGCUUUCACAGUACAUUAAUUGAAGACACUGCUGGAAAUUCUAAAGGUCCACGUUACAGCUUCAGUAGACUUUCUUGUGUACCAAAAGCUGAUGAAACGGGGAUAAAUCUGGCUACUAUACCUGACUCUAUUAUAGAGCAAGCACAGUUAUCACCAGGUGGUCGUCCAGUGAAUGUAGCUCAUUUUGAACCAGUAGAGUAUCUGUAUAUGGACAGUGAAAAGGGGCAUGCGCUUGUUGAAAGACACAUACCAUGCACUGAUCCGUCUAUUAGCAGCAUCUCGGACUCUUCAGAUGAUACCAUUAUAUAUGACUGGAGAAAUCGUAGCAGCUGCAAGCAAAAAAAUAAGGACUCACCAGCAUCUACUACUGCCAGUCGGGUAGCAGUGAAACUCUACAGAUUGUCCAAUGAUGAAAUAGCCAGACGUCUGAGACGACUAGGAGAGGAUCCUGGUGAAGUUAACAGCAAGACGAGGAGGGUUUGCAUCUUGCUAUUAGACAAACGUAUAAAGGAACAAGCAAAAAGUGGCCCAGUAGGUCUGUCCUUUGAAUAUAGUCCAGAGCUCUCUUUAGCCCUGCGCACAUAUGCCAUCCCAGACUGUAACAACGAUGAGGCCGUACUUUCUCAAGAGUUUGACCAACCGGACAAGACAAGAAAGUGGAGAGAAGGUGUUCUUAAAUCUAGCUUUAACUACUUGCUGCUGGAUCCCAGGGUGACCAGAAACCUUCCAUCUCGCUGUCAUACCUUAUCCAUGCCCGAGUGUUUCCGCACUUUUGUCCAAGCAGUGUUUUAUGUGGGCAAAGGAAAGAGAGCCCGUCCAUAUUGUCAUCUGUAUGAGUCUUUGGCACACUAUAAGGGUAGCAACAAACAGCCUUGUUCUAAAGUACAGCAUAUUGUAGACAUCUGGAGAAGCGGUCAGGGUGUGCUGUCCCUUCAUUGUUUCCAGAACACAAUCCCUGUGGAGGCAUACACAAGAGAAGCUUGCAUGGUGGAUGCAAUUGGUUUAAAAAUGUUGACCAACCAAAAAAAGGGAGUCUAUUAUGGACAAGCACAGAACUGGACACCUACCCGCAGACGGUGCCUGGGAGUGCACAUGCUAUACAGAGCAAUGCAGAUCUUCCUGGCUGAAGGGGAGCGUCAUCUUCGACCCCCAGAUAUACGCACUGGGUCGUGAUGGCAAUGUUUCAGAUUAUGGAUACUUGAUUUUGCACUUUCGUUGGUUGACUUCCGAAAUCAUGUGGGAAUCGUAUAAUAUAUAAAUAUGUAAAAUAGAUUUUUUUUAUUUUUUUAAGAAAAUCCUGCAUCAUAAAAAGUUUGGGGAGAGUCACGAAGUGACUAAGGUUUUAUUGCUUUGAUCAUUGAAUUGCUAUGAAAACUCUAAAUGCUGAUUUGUACCAGGUCUUAAAUAUUCUUUUAGUAAUGAACUUUGUCAUGGUCACCGUGACAUAUUAGAUGUAAUUUUUAUGAAGUUUAGGAUCAAAAGCAUCUUUUUACAAUUUAUAAUCAUGCUUUGGCAACCUUUUUUGUAUUUAUUUUUCUCUGCCAUUCACAGGAUUUGCUUACUGCUUCCUAAACGAGCAAAAAGGCAUUAAAUCAUGGACUAAAAUCAAAAUGUACAAUACGAUUAUGGCGUUUGAUCUAGAUUUGAAUGGAGACCUGUGUUAUGAAAGUAAUUGUUUCUUA